AUGGCAACUUUGUCCAUCAGCGGCCUUCAAUCUUCGCUCGGGAAGCUGAGCCUCGACAAUCCCCUUCCAUCCUUUCCAGUCGCCGAUGUAUUAGUUCGUCCUUUAGAUAUUUGGCGGUCUUACCUAGCCACAAUCGUGGCGGAGGUAGCAGGCUGCGAACCGGCCGUUGCGUAUGAGGCGAUUCAGUCUACGGCUGCCAUCUCCAUGGGAGAUUUAGCCAUCAUCCUGCCUCGCCUUAAAAUCAAAGCCAACGCCGAAGCUGCAGCCGCACUUCUCGACAAGUUCCCGAAGUCACCUCUAUACACUUUUCCAUUCGUCGAUGGGGUUCACAUCCGUAUCUUCUCCUCUCCUUUCUUCCUUCCCCGACUCCUCAUUCCCUUCAUAGCCGACCGCAAAGACUUAUAUGGAAGCGAUGAUGUCUUUGGUCUAAAGGAUGCUACAACACCCGAGUCCGGACGCAAAAAGGUCAUCGUCGAGUUCUCCUCACCCAACAUCGCACAGGAAUUCGAAGGCAGACACCUCCGCAGCACAAUAAACGGUGCUGCCAUCGCCAACUUACAUGAGCGGAUGGGAUGGGAGGUUGGCCGACUGAACUUCUUGGGAGACUGGGGCAAGAACAUUGCUCUGCUUGCUGUCGGCUGGAACAAGUUCGGUUCAGAGGAAGCCUUCGACAAGGACCCCAUUCGACACCUCCUUGACGUACACAACCAGAUCAACGAGCUAUUCAAGCCUGAACAAGAGGCAAGCACAAAGGCAAAAGACGAGGGAAAGAACACAGCCGAGAUUGAGUCACAGGGCAUCUACGCCGAGCGCGAUGCCUUCUCCAAGAAGUGGGAGGAAGGAGAUGCCGAUGCGCUAGCCUUGACCACCAGAUUCCGCAACGUCUAUGUCGAAGACUACACCAAGGCCUAUGCUCGUCUCGGCAUCAAGUUCGAUGAGUACGCUGGAGAGUCUCAAGUUACUUCGGAGUCAAUUGCCGAGGUAGAGACAGUACUCAAGGAGAAGGGCAUAUCCGAAGAGAGUGAUGGAUCCUGGCUCAUCGACUUCAAGAAGCACGGCGCCAAAGGUCUCGGUACUGGCAUGGUCCGGAACCGCACCGGCACGACCAUGUACUUCUCCCGCGACCUUGCUGCAGUGCUCGAUCGUGAGAAGAAGUUUGCUUUCGACAAAAUGAUCUACGUCGUCGCUUCGGAGCAGGACUCCCACUUCCGCGGCGUGAUCAAGGCGCUUGAGCUGAUGGGGAGGGAGGAUCUCGCCAAGAAGAUCCAACACGUUAAUUUUGGCAAGGUUCAGGGCCUGUCAUCCCAACUGGGCAAUGCGCAUCUGUUGGGAGACAUGCUGAAUCAAUGCUCCAACGCAGUCAAAGACGCCAUGGCGACGGAGCAGAAUGCUGGAGCCCCUCUUGCUGCCGCAGAGCCUUUAGGUAUCACAUCCCUGCUUGCCCAAGACAUGCACACGAAGCGCAGCAACGGGUACGCGUUCGACAGCAAGAAAAUGACCGAGUUUGAGAGCGACACUGGCGCUCAUAUUCAACUACUUUACACUCGACUUUGUAUGACCAUUAGCCAACUUGACGCUGACCCGAGUGCUCUUGGUGAGGUCGAUUACGCUCAGCUGGAGGAGGAAGAGUACACGAAUCUCCUGAGACUCAUGGCGCAGUACCCUGAUGUCAUCAACGCCGCGUACAAGACUCUCGAGCCUUCGGCUGUGUUGACGUUCCUGUAUCGGCUGGCCGAACAACUGUUGGUAUGUCUCGAUGACGAUGAAGGUGAGGAUGAAGACGAAGAAGAGGAGACUGCCGACAACCAGGCGCUUGACCUUGCCCGAGCAGUGCUAUAUGAGAAUGCCAGGCAGGUAUUUGAGAAUGGGAUGAAGGUUCUUGGUAUCAGCCCUUUGUCUUCCUGA